AUGUCUCUAGAAAAGAAAAAGAAAAUGAGCAAGGAACAAAACUGUGUUCUAAAAGCUUGGGAGGUGACAAUGAAAAAGACCCAACAAGCCAAGAAGCGAGCAAACAACAUUUUUGGGACAGUAUCUGUAGCUCCACAAACAGAUGAUGAAAGUACAUCAACCAAUGAGCAUGAUGAUGAGAGCAGCAUAGGUGAAAUGUACCAUGCAGAGAAAGUACUACCUAAUGGAGACUACUACACAGGUCAAUGGUAUGAUAGUUUUCCCCACGGACACGGUAAGUAUCUAUGGACAGAUGGUUGCACGUACAUUGGUGAAUGGUACAAUGGCAAGACUAUGGGGAAAGGGAAGUUUGGUUGGCCUUCUGGUGCAACAUAUGAAGGUGAAUUCAAAAAUGGAUACAUGGAUGGGACUGGGACUUACACAGGUCCUAGUGGAGAUACUUAUAGAGGUCAGUGGGUGAUGAACCUAAAACAUGGACAUGGGAUCAAGAGUUUUGCAAACGGGGAUGUGUAUGAUGGUGAAUGGAGGAGGGGUUUGCAAGAAGCUCAAGGUAAGUAUCGUUGGAGAGAUGAGAGUUAUUACAUUGGUGAAUGGAAGAACGGUACUAUUUGUGGCAAAGGUACUUUUGUAUGGUCGGAUGGUAGUAGAUACGAAGGGUUUUGGGAAGAUGGUUUCCCUAGUGGAAACGGGACUUUCAGAUGGGAUGAUGGGAGUUUCUACGUUGGUCAUUGGUCUAAAGACCCUGAAGAAAUGAACGGUACUUAUCAUCCACCAGAGAACGAAGGGAGCCUUGAGUGGGAUCCUAAAGAUGUGUUUAAUAACCUGAGUGAGUACAGCAUAUGCAGUGGUGAGAGGGUUCCUGUGUUGCCUUCACAGAAGAAGCUCUCUGUAUGGAACUCUUCCAAGCGUGUAGAGAAACCAAGGAGGACUUCUGUGGAUGGUAGGGUAAGUGUUGGUGUAGAUAGAGCGUUUGAGAAAAUGAAUAUGUGGGGAAGUGAAAGCGGUGAAGGUGCUGCUGAUAUUGAUUCUACCACAAGGAGAGACUUGGAUGCGGAAAUAAUGAGACUUGAGGCUGGAGGCUUCAUUCAAAGCUUGAAACCUAGCCCUGUGCCUAUGAGACUGCCAAGGGCAGGGAAGAAGCAAGGUGAGACAAUAUCAAAAGGUCAUCGAAAUUAUGACCUUAUGCUUAAUCUACAGCUUGGAAUCAGACAUGCUGUUGGAAAACAAGCUCCAGUUGUGUCACUUGAUCUUAAACAUUCAGCUUUUGAUCCAAAGGAGAAGGUGUGGACAAGGUUUCCACCAGAAGGAACCAAAUAUACACCUCCUCAUCAAUCUACUGAGUUCAAAUGGAAAGACUAUUGCCCAUUAGUUUUCAGGAGCUUGAGGAAGCUAUUCAAGGUAGAUCCAGCUGAUUACAUGUUAUCGUUAUGCGGUAAUGAUGCACUUAGGGAGCUAUCAUCACCUGGUAAAAGUGGAAUGUUUUUCUACUUAACAAACGAUGAUCGUUAUAUGAUAAAGACAAUGAAGAAGGCAGAAACUAAAGUGUUUCUUAGAAUGCUUGCAGCAUAUUACAACCAUGUUAGAGCAUUUGAGAACACUUUGGUUAUUAAAUUCUACGGUCUCCACUGUGUGAAAUUGACAGGAACAAUUCAAAAGAAGGUGAGGUUUGUUAUUAUGGGAAACCUAUUCUGCUCUGAGUACUCAAUCCACAGACGCUUUGAUCUGAAAGGAUCUUCUCUUGGUCGUACAACUGAUAAACCUGAAUCUCAAAUCAACUCAAACACAAUCUUGAAAGAUCUUGAUCUGAAUUUCAUAUUCAGACUACAGAAAGCUUGGUUCCAAGAAUUCACCAGGCAAGUUGAUAAAGACUGUGAGUUUCUAGAACAGGAAAGAAUCAUGGACUACAGUCUUCUUGUUGGGAUUCAUUUCAGAGAAGCAUCAGUGGCUGGAGAGCUGAUUCCUUCUGGAGCACGCACGCCUAUUGGUGAAUUUGAAGAUGAAACAGCCCCUCGUCUCUCCAGAGCAGACGUGGAUCAGCUUCUGUCUGAUCCCACAAGGUGGGCUAGUAUCAGACUUGGAGGAAACAUGCCGGCUCGAGCAGAGAGGACAAUGAGAAGAAGCGACUGCGAGUUCCAGCUAGUUGGGGAACCAACAGGAGAGUAUUACGAGGUUGUCAUGAUCUUUGGUAUCAUAGACAUUCUUCAGGAUUACGACAUCAGCAAGAAACUUGAACAUGCUUACAAGAGCAUUCAGUACGAUCCUACUUCCAUCUCAGCCGUUGAUCCAAGGCUGUACUCGAGACGUUUCCGUGAUUUCAUCUUCAAGGUUUUCACCGAGGACAAUUGA